CUUUCCCUGCUGGAAGAUGCAGGCUUUGGUGGUGUUCUCCUUUACGCUGACCCUUGUGACUUGCCAAAGACCACAGAGCUUGCUGAUAAAGCUUUUAUGGUUUCCUUGAACAGUGGAGGAGAUCCAUCAACACCUGGCUAUGCCAGCAUUGAUGGAAGCUACAGGCAAAAUCGACUGAACCUCACAACACUGUUAGUGCAACCAAUUUCUGCAGUGCUUGCCAGAAAACUUGUUUCCCUACCUGAGGACGGUGUCCAAAAAGACAGAUGUACACCCCUCCAGCUGCCACCUACAGGCAAAAAAAUAAUCAGUCUGAAUAUUCAGUCAGUCACAACUUACAAGACGAUUUCUAAUGUUAUUGGAUAUUUAAAAGGAGCUGUAUUUCCUGACAGAUACGUCAUCAUCGGGAGCCAUCACAGCAGCUUGAACCCUUAUGGUGGACAAGGAUGGGCCAGUGGCACUGCUGUCAUCACAGCACUGAUCCAGGCCUUGACACUGAAGGCUAAGAGGGGCUGGAGACCUGACAGGACUGUUGUUUUCUGCUCAUGGGGAGGAACAGCAUUUGGGAACGUUGGUUCAUAUGAGUGGGCUGAGGAUCUCAAGAGAGUUCUUCAAAGAAACGUUGUGGCUUAUGUUAGCCUUCAUAAUCCGGUCAGAGGCAACUCAACUUUACACCCUGUUGCAUCCCCUUCUCUUCAGCAACUGGCAGCAGAGAGCCAGAGCUUCAGCUGUUUGGAAAAGACUAGAUGCCCAGGAUCUAAUGUGAGUUCUGUGCAGAUACAGGGAGAUUCAGACUAUUUCAUCAACCAUCUCGGAGUACCUGCCACGCAGUUUUCUUACGAGGACAUCAAAACUUCAGAGAAUUCUAGCUUUCUCUCCGAAGCUCUUUUUCCCGUACAUGCAACAAAAACUGAAGAGCUGGAUCCCUCCUUCAGUCUGCACGAGACCAUCGCGAAGCUAACAGGACAAGUGACUUUGAAAAUUGCCAAUGAACCAGUUUUGCCGUUUAAUGCCCUCGACAUUGCAUUAGAAGUCCAGAACAGUCUCAAAGGUGAUGAAGUAGGCGUUCCUCAGUUGCUCGCAGUGGCCUCACGUCUGAGGGACACGGCCGAGCUGUUCCAGUCGGAUGAGAUGCGCCCGGCCAACGACCCCAAGGAGCGAGCUCCUGUCAGAGUCAGGAUGCUCAAUGAUGUGCUACAAAGCUUGGAGAAAAGCUUCCUGGUUCAUCGAGCUCCUCCAGGACUUUACAGAAAUAUUCUUUACAGACUCGAUGAAAGGACCAGCCAGUUUUCACUACUGCUGGAGGCACUGGAGCACUGCAAACUACAUCAGUCAAACGAGACCAUUCAGGCAGCCUUGUCAGAGGUGCUGAACAGCAUCAAUUCAGCUCAGGUUUACUUCAAAGCAGGACUUGAUGUGUUUGAGACCACCUUAGCUGGAAAGAAAUGAGAGGAUUCUCUGCAUUCUAAGACAGUUGUUUACAACUCACUAAACAAAAGUUCGACUUGGACCAGAAUUGCUCUGAGGAUGAAACGUUUCUCAGCUUUUCCUUCAGUUGUCGCUUAAAGGUACCGCAGAGCGUGGUUAUAUAAAUAUAAAACAGUCUUUUGCACUGUUCACGGUAUAUCUCAAAUGUCUGUUCCUGAAUGUACAAAACAUAAUGAGAGGGAAUAACACUUAAGAUAGGAUUUCUGGAAGGACAUCUGCUGUAUUUUUAUACGUAAAAUACGUUUUUACGACUAAGAUCUCAGUCUUGCGAAGUACCGAGCACGUCCUGCAACACGCUGAAGACCCAGCUCUGAGACACCCCAGGUGUAUAUCUGGGUGAGCUUUCCAUCCCUGCUCUGUCAGAAAAAUCUGACUUAAGUAUACUCUUGUGUUUCUUACCUCCUUCAGCACACUCAUCUUCUUCGUUCAGAGUAAGUAUUUGAAGGAUGUGGCAUUUCGGGUAUCCAGCACCAGAGUGAAAAUGCACAAAACACCUUUACCGGUGCAAUCCAACAUCUUUACUCCUGUGGAACAAUAAAUACCUCAAUUCUGAGAAUACAGAUUAACUUUGAUUAUUCCAUUUCUGUAUGAAAAUAAAGAGUUGUUUUCUCUAAUGUUUCUUGGAGAGAAAAUUUUUGUGGCGGUUUCAAAUUAUUUGAAAAGUUUGAAUCAACAGUUAUACUUGCACAAGAAUACCUUCAGUCUUUAUUUUAAAUAAAAGAACUGCCUGAUCUUAUAAGGCUACAGGCCUUCUAAGCUUAUACAGUACCAAAACAGCCCACUUCAAGGUCUCUCUAAAUUUCCAGAGAGCUGUAAAUGAGAACAAGACCUCCAAAUCCUGAAAAUAGUUUUGGGAUUCCAUCACUCAGACACAGCACCCACUAUUCCAGGCCUGGCAUAUAGUACCUGGAUUGCUGUCAAAAAGCACAAGCAAAAUAUAAAUGCUGUAGAACCUGCUGUAAAACCAGGAAUUCCACUCUGGAGGCACAAGCUGGUGAAGCAUGCUGCAGGGCCAAAACUCAGAGCUGCUCUGCACUGGAGGAAGCCCUGUACAAAGGCUCUAAUGAUGCCAUUACUUGUUGGCCAAAGUAAUGUGUGAAUGAAAGGAUCAGGAGGUUCAGUGCUCCUCUGAGGGGAUAUGCACAUUUGAGAACUGCAGGUCUUAAUAAUGUAAACCAUGGAAAUUGUUAAGCCCUAUUGGGUUUAGAGUUUUAAAAUCUCAGAUGAUUCUGGGGUUAGAGCUUAAAAAAAUGAAUUUUAUAUGGAUACUUAGAAUUAAAAUGUAAGUUAUUUGAUGGAAAUGUUAAAUGUAUUGUUACCUGGUUUGCCAUGGAAAUUAUUAAAGGAACAUUUCAGGUUGCAAUAAAAAUGGAAAAAGUGUCUGUA